AGGCCAAAUGGAAGGAAUUUAGUGUUCAAUUGCUGUAAAUUAAAGUCCAUUUUAAAUCAGCUUUCCAGUGGGUUCCUGUGAACGCGCUGGUUUAGAACGUUCACAUUGCGGUGGAUUUGUGUCCUCAAAUGCCCAGAAAAAUACUGCGGGUUAUAGAGCCCAAAAUUAGCUACUCGCAGCAUUAAACUUUGUAUAAAGGGUUCUUAAAAAGCCCUUUUUAAUGUAAAAAUAAGCUACAUACCUUCUGUAUACAGCUCCAUGCGGCCCUGUGGUUGCGUGAGGUCGCGGGUUUAGAGAGUGAUUUUUAAACUAUUAUAACUAUUAUACAAGGCCAUAAAAACUAAUAAUACCUUUUGUGACGGGGUCUUUCAGUGAUUUUUCGUUAAUGAUUUACUAGGCUGAACAUCUUCGAUUGGAACAACCUAGUGAAAAUCGCGUUUUAAACCCGCCCCCCUCUAAACGGCGCCAAAAUCGCGCACACCCGCAGCGCCAGAUUUUCAGCGACGCUUCAGGUCACUGGGACAGUGAAUGGCCAGUCAGCCCAUGGGUCCCUACCUACAGAUCAACCCCCUGUCCCCGUACGGGAAGGGGAAGGGCUCGGGGAAGCUGCCACCCAUUGGCCAGGGGGGAGGGGAGUCUGCGGCCCCCUCCCACAGCAAGCUGGAGAUGCUGCAGGAGCGGCUGCGGUCCAAGCUGGAUUGGGAGCGGGAAGCCAAGCUGGCAGCCAUCUACCGGCAGCAGUACCAGCAGUCCCUGCGGCGACUACAAGCCGCCUGCCAGCCCUCUGACCACCCGGGCCGCCCACCCUGCCCACGCUCCAGGCGGGGCCCCGGCAUCGACCGUGCCCAUCCCCUGAGGCCCAUCGAGCCACCCGCCACGGAUGGCCCCGCCUGGGACCUGAACAGCCUCGCCCCCCUGUGGCCUGGCCUCCCUCUCCGGCCCUCUCCCCCCAAAGCCCCCAACGAGAGGGGCCAGAGCAGCACCAGGGCCCGCGACAGGGGCAAGGGGAAGGGGCGGGAGAGGGACAGUGAGAGGGAGGGUGAGAAGGACAGGGAGAAAGCCAGGCCCAGAGAGAGGGGGAGAGACGGGGAGAGGGAGGGGACGAGGGAGAAGGAGAGGGAGAGUGAGUGGGAGAGGGAUGGGGUCCCCGUGCAUGCCGACAGUACGCUUCCUCUGCCCCUCCCUCGGAAGGAGCCCCAUGAGUCGGCAGCUGGGGGGGGGCAGGAGCAGGGCUGCCGGGCACCCCCUGGACAGAGGCUGGAGCAGUUGGCCAGGAGCGAGAGUAUGAUUCAGCAACGGCUGCGGGUAAUCGAGGAGGAGCUGCGUCACAUCCAGAAGCAGCGCGAGGAGGUGGAGGGAGGGAGGGCAGAGGGGGAGGGAUCAGAGGGGGAGAGUUCAGAGGGUGAGAGUUCAGAGGGGGAGCAGUCAGAGGGUGAGAGGUCAUGGAGGUCAGGUAAGGAGAGGUCAAGGAAUGCAGAGGGGCAGAGGUCAGAAUGGGAGAGGUCACGGAGGUCAGAAGGGGAGAAGUCAUGGAGAGAGUCAGACAGAUCAGAGGAAGUGAGGUCAGAAGUGGAGAGGUCACGAAGGUCAGAUGGGAAGUGGUCAGGGAGGUCAGAGGGGGAAAGAGCAGGGAGGUCAGAGGUGGAAAAGUCACGGAGGUCAGCAGGGGAAAGGUCAGGGAGAUUAGAGGAGGAGAGGCCAGGGAGGUUAGAGGAGAGGUCAAGGAGGUCAGCAGGGGAAAGGUCAGGGAGAUUAGAGGAGGAGAGGCCAGGGAGGUUAGAGGAGAGGUCAAGGAGGUCAGCAGGGGAAAGGUCAGGGAGAUUAGAGGAGGAGAGGCCAGGGAGGUUAGAGGAGAGGUCAAGGAGGUCAGCAGGGGAACGGUCAGGGAGAUUAGAGGAGGAAAAGUCAGGAAGAUCAGAGGGGGACAGGUCACGGAGGUCAGCAGGGGAAAGGUCAGGGCUGUCAGCAGGGGAGAGGUCAGGAAGGUCAGAGGAGAAGUCACGGAGGUCAGAGGGAGAAAGGUCACGGAGGUCAGAGGGAGAAAGGUCAGGAAGAGCAGAGGGGGAAAGGAGAUCAGAGGAGGAAAGGUCACGGAAGUCAGACUGGGAGAGGUCACAGAGGGAGAGGUUGGAGGGAGAGAGGUCAGACAGGAGGGGCCGAACACAAAGGGAGACAGAACGAGGGAAGGAAGAGAGAGAGCGGACAAAUAGAGAAAGGGUCAAAAGAGAGAAGGAGGAGUGGGAGAGCGAGAGAUUGGAUGAGCUGGAGAGAGUGAAUGAGAGAGAGAGGGAGAGUGGGCGGGAGAGCAGUGAGUGGGAGUGUGAGAAGGAGGGAGAACGAGGGGAGGGAGCAGAGAGUUGCCAGUCCAACCCGUUUGCCACAGAGGGUGAGGAGCACGACCGGAAUGGGCAGGGGGCAGAGUCCCAGGAGGAGCAGGGUGCGGAGGAGGAGAGAACAGACUGGAAUGGACACUACUCUCCUGAGGAGAAGGCACACUGCACGCACUGCGGCCGGCGCUUUGUCCUGGACCGCCUCGCCACCCACACGGAGAUCUGCAAGAGGGUCUACAAACGCACACGCAAGGUAUACGACUCCGCACAGAAGAGAGCCAAGGGGACUGACCUGGAGAACUAUCAAUGCAGCCACAAGGUUCACCCCAUACCGCGUGGUGACUGGAAGAGGAAGCACGAGAGCUUCAUGCGGAUGCUGCAUGCGGCGCAGCAGGCCGAGCUGGCCGUGUACCGCCGCAGGAAGGCAGCACAGCCCGCCCCCCCGCCUGACGGGCUGCCCCUCGACCUGCGCCAAUGCCCCCACUGCAGCCGUCGCUUCCCCCCCACGAUCGCCCUGUCCCAUGUUCCCAAGUGUGCCAUCCUGCGGGGCCGACCCGGGCCCUCCUACAGGUAGCCCCCCCCGCUUGGGGAAUAACCACCCACUGUG